ACAAUGGUCAUAAGUGUGAAAAAUGGUCAUAAAUCACUUAUUUCAGUGCUGUUGUAACUUGGAACAGUCACUAAAUGAACUGUUGUAAGUCGAGGACAACCUGUACCUCAAAUAGCAAUAUCCAAAGCUACAAGCUGAUCAAUACUGGGGGCCCCUUUUCAUGAAAAGCAAACAUGGUCCAGCUCUUAUUGGACCCUCCUUGCGCCCUCCCUUUUAUUGGUUGUGGCGGUGAAUUUCCUAAUAACUCAUCCAAAAAGAAUGUGCAAAUUGCACAAUUCUGCAAACAGUUAAACUGUAUUUCUUCUUCUCUUUUUGCUUGUAGUAGUAUGUAAAUUAUUUCUAUACUGAUAAUGGAAUCAAUCAAAGAACGUAUUGACAUUUUUUUCUGAAGAAAUAUUUGUCCAGUUCUUAACAGUGCUUAGUAUAGUAUCCCUUUUUAAUAAUCUCUAUCCCUUAUCCCAUAGAGGAGUUUUUGUUCUGCUAAUUUCAUAGAAUUUCAGAUGUCUUUAGCCUAUUCUGCAACAUUCUUGAUCUGCAGAAUAUUCAUUUGUAUUGGAAGAUCCGAUGUUAAGCAAAUGGUGUCGUUGCUUAGAGCAGGGUUCCCAAACCCCCGGCCACAGGCCACUACCAGGCCUUGAGCUUUUCGGAACUGGGCUACGGAAGUGGCGGGUGAGAGUGCUCCAUUUGAGCGAGCGGCAGCCACGCAUGCCCACUACUCACACAAAUGUAGCUGUACAUGCCCAUGCACAUGCUUGCCUGCCUGCAUGCUGAACCGUCCCCUCUCCCCCCGCCCCCUGGGCCGGCCCGCAAAGCCGAAAAGGUUUGGGAACUCUGGCUUAGAGCCAGAGUUUGAAGGAUCCCACCAAUUCUGUUAUUGGAAAUACAGCCUUUGGAAUCUUCUCCUAAAACUUAGUACGAGCUGUGGAAAUGCCAAUUCAGUGACUUUGCCAGAGACAUUAUUGUUCGUUUCAACUCUUGAUGGGAGUUUACAUGCAGUCAGCAAGAGAACGGGGUCAAUUAAAUGGACUUUAAAGGAAGAUCCUGUACUUCAGGUGCCACUGCACAUGGAAGAUCCUAGGCCAGCAUUUCUUCCUGAUCCUAAUGAUGGAAGUCUCUACACUCUUGGUGGCAAGAAUAAUGAAGGCUUAACUAAACUGCCAUUCACCAUCCCAGAGCUUGUCCAGGCUUCCCCUUGCCGCAGUUCCGAUGGAAUUCUAUACAUGGGGAAGAAGCAGGACAGCUGGUAUGUAGUAGACCUUGCAACAGGAGAAAAACAGCAGACUUUAACCUCUUCAUUUGCUGAAAGCUUGUGCCCAUCUACCUCACUGCUGUAUCUUGGUCGAACAGAGUACACCAUCACCAUGUACGACACCAAGAGUAAGGAACUCCGCUGGAAUGCCACCUACUUCAAUUACGCAGCAACAUUGCCUGAUGAAGACGCCCAAUAUAAAAUGUCUCACUUUGCAUCUAAUGGAGAUGGACUAGUGGUGACCGUGGACAGUGAGUCGGGUGAUGUCUUGUGGAUCCAGAAUUACGGCUCCCCUGUUGUAGCUUUUUACAUCUGGCAGCGGGAAGGCUUAUGGAAAGUGAUGCACACCAACGUGGGAGUAGAAACCCUGCGCUACUUGACGUUCAUGUCCGGUGAAGUUGGGCGCAUCACUAAGUGGAAAUAUCCAUUUCCCAAAGAAACGGAGGCCAAAAGCAAACUAAUGCCAACCCUUUAUGUAGGGAAAUACUCUACUGGCUUAUAUGCUUCGCCAUCGAUGGUACACGAAGGAGUGGCUAUUAUGCCUCGGGGAAGCCCCAUUCCAUUGAUAGAAGGCCCCAAAAUACAAGGGGUCACCAUUGAAGAAUGUGUGAUCACCCCAAGUACAGAUCUAAGGUUUCAGCCUGGAUUUAAAUCAAAGAAAGGACUCCAUUAUCUGAGGAACCACUGGCUUUUAAUAGAGACCAUAUUCCUAUUUGAAGGGCAUCAUGAGACCCCACUAUCAGCCUCAACCAGGAUCCUGGAGAAAUUUCCAAGCAACUUGCCAAAACGUCAGGAAAAUGUGAUCCCGGCAGAUUCAGACAAAAAAGUUUUUGAAGAGGCAAUUAAUAUGGCCGGCAGUCCCGGGAAGAAUUUGCCACACCCUAUUCCAGAGGCGGCUGCAGAGACGACCAGCCAAACCACAACCCGACCAGAGGCUCCAGAUGAUUCCAUCUUGAAGGACUUUGCCACUGUUCUCUUGAGCACUUUCCUGCUUGUUGGCUGGGUAGCCUUUGUUAUUACCUACCCCAUGAACAUACACCAUCAGCAACAGCACCAACAGUUCCAGAAACAGAUAGAAGAGAAGCUACAGUUGUUGAAGCAACAGCCUUUCAGACCUCCCAUAGAUCUUCCUCCUGAGGCAGAACUUCUGGAAGGUUCUUGUGUCAGGCAAGAUGGCUCAGCCACCAGUUCACUAAGUAUGUCACCGAAGACGUCAAACCACUCUGUGUACUCCAGUCUCUCUGUCUCUGAUGUUGGAAGCUGCCUUUCCACCGAACCUGAAGGAGAUGGAAAGUCAGGCACCAUUGUGGUUGGAAAGAUUUCAUUCAAUCCAAAGGAUGUCCUUGGACAUGGAGCCGAGGGAACAAUUGUUUACAGGGGCACGUUUGACAACAGAGAUGUUGCUGUGAAGAGAAUUCUCCCCGAAUGUUUCAGCUUUGCUGACCGGGAGGUCCAGCUGCUCCGUGAAUCUGAUGAACACCCUAAUGUAAUCCGCUAUUUCUGCACAGAGCGGGACCGCCAGUUCCAGUACAUUGCUCUGGAACUCUGUGCUGCCACCUUGCAGGAGUAUUUGGAACAGAAGGACUUUGGCAAUCACGGCUUGCAGCCAAUCACCCUCUUACAGCAGACCAUGUCUGGUCUGGCUUAUCUUCACUCUCUCAACAUAGUCCACAGAGACCUGAAGCCCCACAACAUCCUCAUCUCUAUGCCGAACGCCCAUGGCAAGGUAAAAGCCAUGAUUUCUGACUUUGGCCUCUGCAAGAAGCUUGCAGUUGGCAGGCACAGUUUUAGUCGCCGGUCUGGAGUCCCAGGCACUGAAGGUUGGAUUGCUCCAGAGAUACUGAGUGAGGAUUGCAAAGAGAAUCCAACCCACACGGUGGAUAUUUUUUCAGCUGGCUGUGUUUUCUACUAUGUGAUAUCAGAAGGCAACCAUCCGUUUGGCAAAUCCCUGCAGCGGCAAGCCAACAUUUUACUGGGAGCAUACAGUCUGGAUUGCCUAAAUUUAGAGAUCCAUGAGGACAUUGUUGCACGUGACUUGAUAGAGCAAAUGAUAAAUAUGGAUCCUCAGAGACGGCCUUCGGCCAACUGUGUCCUGAAGCACCCUUUUUUCUGGAGCCUAGAGAAGCAGCUUCAAUUUUUCCAGGAUGUGAGUGACCGGAUAGAAAAAGAAUCACUGGAUGGUCCAAUAGUGAAGGAGCUGGAGAGAGGAGGAAGAGCUGUGGUGAAGAUGGACUGGAGAGAGCACAUAACCGUCCCGCUACAGACAGAUCUUCGAAAAUUCCGGUCCUAUAAAGGGGGCUCAGUAAGAGAUCUCUUGCGGGCAAUGAGGAACAAGAAACAUCACUAUCGAGAAUUGCCUCCCGAGGUACAGGAGACUCUGGGAUCUGUCCCAGAUGAUUUUGUGGCCUACUUUACCUCACGUUUUCCUCAUCUCCUGCUGCACACUUACAGUGCUAUGCGCAUCUGCUGCCUGGAAAGACUGUUUCAGCCUUAUUAUAUGCAGAACUCGGCCAGGCAGCUGUUUUUGGGAGAUGCUGUUUGACGGUUGGAGUCGUCUUACACAUUACAGGGCCGAGCACAAUCUGGCCUGCCUUAGCAGGGUGACUUGACAGACUGCAAAAGAGUGAACCGAACCAAACCAAACUCUUCUGAGACACAGACUUCUCAAACGUGCCUUGUACUCUGCCUGCUCUGACUCAGGAAGAAAAUUCCAGGUUGAAUUUGAAUCGAAAGGAGACGGAACAGUACCAGGACCCAGGACUCUAAAGCAGGAGCAGUCAAAAGAAAUUCCCAAGAGGAAAAACGAGGUGGGGUAUCCCCCAUCUCAGCUUGUGAUUUCAAAGAGACCCCUGUCGUGUAGGGUCUUCUAAUACUGGCAUUCAGGCCUUUUUACUGCACAGAAUGUUUUUUUUUUUUUAAGGAUUGAUACGAUAACAUUGCCAAGCACCUUUUGGAUCUCAGGAAGGAUCCUUUUAACUGUAGCAUGCUGUCUCUGUUCCACAUUGUAUCACUGCUAGCUUGUGUACUUGAAGCAGAUAGGAAAUAAUUUGGAAAGGGCAGGUGGGGUAGCUCAAAUAUGCCAGAUCCAAUAGAAAACAUGUGCCUCAUCCAUCACUACCACCCCUGUCUUGGUCUCCAAAUACAUUUGGGCAGAUCUUAACUUGUCCUUGCAAUCAUAAAUAGACAACUUUGGUACAGAGCUACUAGCUUGCGGAUAUGGAAUCAUAACGUUAAACUCUACAUAGCUGGUGAAAAUUAUUCCAAUGCUAUUUCAGGUUUCUUUUCAAGAACGUGAGUAGUUAGCUGUGUAAUUGAAAUGCAAGAAUUGACAAAAGUGCUUUAUUUCGUUUGUCAGAUUAAGACUGUAAUCGUAAGCUCUGUACUCUUCCCGGGAGUGCUACUGCAGGGGUCCCCAACCCCUGGUCCGUGGACCAGUACCGCCGCAGCAUGCCAACAACCAGUCUACACAAACAAGCAAAGCCCCAUCCACAAGAUGCAGGCAGCACACAAAACCACGCACCCUCCAGUCCACGGAAAAGCCUCUCUCCAUGGAACCAGUCCCUGGUACCCAAAAGGUUGAGGGCUUCUGUGCUACUGAAUUCAGUGGGGCUUGAAUAGACAAGUAUAAGAUUGCACUGUAAGAUUUUCACCCAAAUGAACAGUUAGUAGGGAGGAAAUAGAUUUGGGUAUAAAUUACCCUUUAAAAAGAAUAGGGAAACCAGGCACAUGCUUACUGGGGUCCUGUUUAGGUCAUUCAAACCCAGUUUUCUUUACGCACAGGCUCUUGUGGGAAGCUAAAUGAAUGGAUUUGCUUCCCAUGCUGAAGGAUGUGGUUUUUGUUUCCAGUAUCUUUAAAACUAGGAUGUGUAGUUUAUACGUGCAGAGCAAAUAAGAAUCUCCAACAGCGUGCUCCAAAGGUGACCUAUUUGUAAUGCUCUUUUACAAAAUAUUUAUUUUAUGUAUUUAUAUUUAUUUAAUUUUUAUCACAAGUUAGUACCGCAUUGAAAAUGGUACAGGUAAAACAUGCCAAAUUACUCUUUUUCUAAUAAAAACAAAGCCCUCUUCAGGGUAGUAAUUGAUUUUUAAAAAAUUAAACACGGAGAAGGAAAACCAUAGAAAACAUUUUUUUCCAUUGUUCAUUUUCAUUCAAUCUAGAUAAAAAUGUUUUAAGAUGAGGAGGUUUUUAAUCUGCAUUCCUGUGCUGCUUGUUGUUAAAUUAGUAAAUUAUGAAUGGCUAAUUGUAUGAUCGGGCAUUAAUAGGGACUUGGUUUCUGCUUUGUCUUUUGUCCUGUUUAUUUUGGGCUUUAUAUUACAGGGAGAUUUUUUUUCCUAGUUUUAGGAUACACAAUGAAUAUUAAGUAAGGUAUCCAAAGAGAAACAUUACAGGAUUUCAAAGCUGGAAAAUAAUGAUAGUCUUAACCUAACUUAAUUGAAAUCAUAUUUUUGUAGUUCUAUUUGUACAGGACUUUUAUAUUUCUUCUGAAUAAGAGCUUCACACAAAUCAAGAAUAAAAGUAGAUUUUGAAACAGU